CAUCCCUACCACCGACGGGGGUUAGUCGCCGAGCCCCUCUUCCGCAGCAAACAGCUGGCUACCUCCACACCGGGAUGCUCAGCGAUGCCCCAUCACAUAUUUCAUCAACAGAGGUCCAAGCGCUCACAUAGAUUGGACCACUCUCCUAUGGAAGGUUAAGCACUGCAAGUGCCAACAGCGCUAAAGCGAUGGACGGAUCAGCGGCUGUCAAACUUGUUUGGAAACAAACGUUCCGUCAUCAGACUUUCCGGAUUUAUGUUUGAAUCAUUGUGUUGGGACAUAUGCAAAGACAGUUGACGAAGGAACAUGUUUCCGUAGCCAAGAGGUGUAUGUUCGUUUUGAUACUACCGUCAUUUGUGAUUGAUGACAUGCUAUGUCGAUGAUUUAUGGAUGUGGUGUUUCCAGAAGUUCUCAUAUCUACAGUACGCGAGGAAUCGGCGUGGUUUUGUGUGUGAGGUGCUGUUAAAGUGGACGUUUCAAAACUUCUGACUCAUUUGAUGAACGUUUAAGAUGAAUUCCUGUCACAGGUUUUGGCAAUGGUGCGCACAUGAACAAUACUGUGUAUUUGAAGGUAUUGUAUAAACAGUCUAACACUAACACGAGACGCAACUUUGAUAUAACAUCUCGUAAUUGCAGCUCUGUAUUGGAAGGCUUGAGGAGGAAACCUUAUACUAUAUAAGGUAUGUCCAAAAUGACUAAAUGCCAUAUAAUCCAACAAUGGCCAGUCUUACACCCACGGUAAUGGGAAGACACUUGGAUCAUCUGUGAUAGUGACAUUUAUUUGUUAAUUUCACAUAUUCUUACUGCAAACCGCUCUGAAACCAGAAAACUCUUCUUACUCUGACAACGACGGUAAUCGUAAGGACACCACGGAACCUGUCUUCCGAAUAUUACGACUUGGAAUCAACACACGUCAUUACUGUUUGAAGAAAGAUGAAGAUAGCGAGGAGGAAGCAUGUGGAUGUGUGAUAGACGUUAAAACCAAACUUUACGGUAAUUACAUAAGGAAUGCGAGGCUGUUAUUAAGAACGACGUGUGGCCAAAAUCAGAAACAACAGCACCGUCAUCCCUCUGAGAUGCUUCUUGUGGGAUGCAGUUGCGUUACGUGUUCCUGUUACAGCAGCGGCGAUGGAGACUUCAACUGUUAACCAAACAUCAAUGUUUUCCGUUGUACUCACGGGGCUUUGCAUUGAUCCGUUGAUGGUAAUCUGGUUAUUAGAUUAGCUGCUCACAAGUUGGACUGAUUAUCUUCCUGGGAUGUUUGUGUAACUUGUUUUUGUAUGUUGGGAAGCUGACAUCCUAUUUGUGGAAACACGUGUGGACUAAACAAGACUUCCCGGAUCUCAGACAUAUGAUACUCGGUUCCAGACUCACAGAACGCCUAACGUCCACCUUUAAACCAAUAAUCAACAUUCAGGAGUUCAACAACUUGUCAAGUGUUUCACUCGAAGAGGAAUCAAUAAUCGAGCGACACCCCCCGAUUGAGACCAUCUGGUUAUAGGUUAUUGUUUUACGACCAAAGCAUUCGCGGUUGCGUUUGCAAUUGAUUUCAGCGCCACAAUGCAAUGAAACGUCACAUGUGCAAUAAUAUCCGACGGGGAGAUUUUCUGCUUUUUUGAUACCUUGGUGUUUUGGAUUCAUUUUCUUCUGAGAAUACAAGGUGGUGACAUCUCUACACAUAUUGGUCUAAAUUCAUCACCCACGGGCAUCAGCCAGACGAUUAGUAAUGGUACAGCACCUGAGACGUGCUUAAAGAAUAACGCUGACUCCAUCAAUUCGCGCGACGUUUUCUUCGUCUAGACAAUCCUAACUGAGACGCAUCCGAGAUUCGUCAACAGUUCCUGACAGUCCUACAAGAACAAUAACGCUGGUUCUUUGUCGUCGACAACUUUGGAUAGAACAGGAUUUCUGAAGAACUUUUCUAAACCGAUAUAUUCAAUUCGUCGAUCCUGGAAUGGAUAGGAAGUGUACUGCAACCAUGGCCAAAGCAUACUUGGUUGUACUUUUAGUAUGUAUGAUCUGUGAGUAUGCUUGUGCCAAAAGACAUGUCAAACUUGCAGUAAUAGCACCGAGCAAAUCAAGUAUGUUUUCUAUACAGCAUGUGAGACCGGUAAUUGAUUACGUCACUUCCCGUACACGUCAUAUGCACGCGCAACACGGCCUACGCUUCAGCGUCCGUUUCGGAGAUUCUAAAUGCAAUUCAGCCGAUGCAGCCAUAAAAGCUUUCGAAUUCUACAUGCACCACCAAGUCGACGUUUUUGUCGGCCCUAUAUGUGAUUACAGCUUAGCCCCGGUUGCUAGGUACGCCCCCUACUGGAACAUACCAAUCAUUUCUCCUGGAGGCUUUGCACACGAUUUUGGCGCCAAUAAAUCAGUGCCAAACGCGGAAUAUCCAACCUUGACUCGUGUUGGCGCGACCUUCAACUCUCUAGCAGCGUCAAUUAUUGACAUGUUGCACGUGUUUCAUUGGAAAAAGGUCAAGGUCAUCUACGACGGCUCAGGACAUUCUGACGUUGCUCCAAGAUUCUGUUUUCUGGCUGCGGCGGCGUUCGUCGCCUACAGCAAAGACUAUAAGCUGUCCUAUGGCUUCCACAUGUUUAUGCCGAAAUUUCACAAAGUCAGUGAUAUGUUAGAAGAGGAGGUUGGAGCGGAGAACUCAAUUGUUGUGCUGUGCGCAUCGCCUGACUCCGUGAGAGACAUCAUGAUCAAAGCGCACGAGCUCAACUUCGACAACGGCGAAUAUGUCUUCUUUAAUAUCGAUUUAUUCUCAAGUAAGAACGAGAGUCAGAGACCAUGGUUCCGGGUUAAUGACACCGAGGAAAGAAACAACAUGGCGCGGCAGGCCUACGAGUCGGUGAUGACAAUCACUCUGAAGAAACCAACAAGCCCCGAGUAUCAUGCAUUCUCCGAGGAGGUGAAGAGAAGAGCCAGUCGUCUGUAUAAGAAUUUCACAUACGGGGAGGAAGAAGUUAACAGCUUUGUAGGGGCCUUCCACGAUGCGGUUAUCCUCUAUGCGUUGGCGCUGAAUGAGACCCUCCAAGCUAAUGGAUCUGUAUCCGACGGUACUGCGAUCACCAAGCGGAUGUGGAACAGGACUUUUGAAGGUAUCACUGGAACAGUGAGCAUCGAUGCCAAUGGGGAUAGAAACGCAGACUACUCGUUGUUGGACCUGAACCCCAAAACCAACAAGUUUGAAGUGGUUGCCAACUACUAUGGAAGCAGGAAGCGAUACAUCCCCGUACCAGAGACACAGAUCCACUGGGCAGGGGGGAGAAGGUCCGCACCCCCUGACACGCCCAGAUGUGGAUACGAUGGCUCCAAGUGUCCCCCUGAAGAGCCGUUUCCAGAGUAUGGUAUUGUGAUCAUCGUCCUCGGUUCCUUGCUUGUCAUUGUUCUCAUUGCCGUAUUCUUCAUAUACAGGCACAUCCGUCUGGAGGCGGAACUGGCUGAGAUGAACUGGAGGGUGCGGUGGGAGGACAUCUUGUUUGGGUCCCCGGAGAGGAACAAGAAGCUGGACAGACAGGGGAGUCGCCGUGGAGUCACUAGGAAAAAUUCCUACAUGAGCACGUGUUCGGGGGAUACCAUUGCACACCUCAACGACAGCGCCAACAAACAGCUUUUUACAAAAACAGGCUACUACAAGGGUGCAAUAGUUGCCAUAAAGCCAAUACGGAGGGCAACCAUAACAAUCAGCAAACCGUUGUUACUGGAGGUGAAACGGGUAAAAGACUUACAGAACGACCAUAUCGUCAGAUUCGUUGGAGCGUGCAUAGAUGUACCCAACCAAUGCAUACUCACCGAAUAUUGCCCUAAAGGUAGUUUACAGGAUGUACUGGAAAAUGAUCAAAUAAAACUUGACUGGAUGUUUCGGUACUCCAUAAUGCAGGACAUAGUAAGGGGUAUGGCAUAUCUACACAGCAGCGACAUAAGAAGCCAUGGCAACCUAAAGAGCACCAACUGUGUGGUGGACAGCAGAUUUGUUGUUAAAAUCACCGACUUCGGCCUUCACUACUUCCGGGAAGGUCAAGGCCUUAUGGAACAGGAGAGCACAUUCGCCUUCUAUAACAGAACACUGUGGACAGCGCCGGAACUUCUACGCAUGCCUGAUCGACCACCAGAGGGCACGCAAAAAGGAGACGUCUACAGUUUCGCAAUUAUCUGUCAAGAGAUUGUGUACAGAAGCGGCGUGUUUCAUAUGCAUCACAUAGAUCUCUCGCCCGAGGAGGUCUACCAGCUUGUCAAAGACGUAAAGGAUGGACGUCGCGGCGUCUUCCGUCCCUCCCUGGAGCAUGCCGACUGCCCCUGUGACGAACUUGCUGACGUCAUCAAAAGAUGUUGGUCUGAGGAUCCGGCCGAGCGACCAGAUUUCCAGUCUCUGAAGACCAUCAUUAGAAAGCUAAACAGGGACGGGGACAAGGGCAAUAUCCUUGACAACCUGCUGUCCCGGAUGGAGCAGUACGCCAACAACUUGGAGGCCCUUGUGGAGGAGAGGACGUCGGAUUAUCUGGAGGAGAAGAAAAAGGCAGAAGAUCUUCUCUACAUGAUGUUGCCAAAAUCAGUCGCCCAAGCUCUUGUCCGUGGCGAAUCCGUAGCAGCUGAGGCGUACGAACAUGUGACCAUCUACUUCAGCGACAUCUGUGGGUUCACUGCGUUGUCCGCGGCUAGUACUCCAAUGCAGGUUAUUGAUCUGUUGAACGACCUCUACACGACGUUCGAUUCCAUCAUCGAAAACUUUGAUGUCUAUAAAGUUGAAACCAUAGGAGAUGCUUACAUGGUGGUGUCAGGACUUCCGGUGAGGAACGGAAAUAUUCAUGCCCGGGAAAUUGCCCGGAUGUCGCUUUCCCUGCUAGAUGCUGUUCUGUCUUUCAAAAUUCGCCAUCGACCUGAACAACAGAUGAAACUGCGGAUUGGCAUUCAUUCAGGGUCAGUUUGUGCUGGUGUCGUGGGUCACAAGAUGCCGAGGUAUUGCCUGUUUGGGGAUACCGUCAACACGGCCUCCAGGAUGGAGUCUAAUGGAUUACCAUUGAAAAUCCACGUCAGUCCACAGACGAAAGAAGCGUUGGAAGUAUUUGAAACCUUUGACCUUGAACUAAGAGGAGAAGUCGAGAUGAAGGGCAAGGGAGCCGUAACCACAUAUUGGCUACAGGGCGAAACACCUGCAUCAGAUCCGAAGAAGCCAGUUCAUCAGAACUCAAUAUCCUGAUUACCAUUACCUAGGUUACUUGAGUUCCUUGCAACGUAAUCGGUUCUUCAUAUUGUGUCAAAACCAGCAUAUUCUAUUCACUUCCAGCAUGACACUUAGAUGACGAAAUACGUUAUCUUUGGAGUUGCACCAGCAGUAACCGUUUUACCACUACAGCUGUCGAGGUUGAGGAACUAUUGUGCCAACAUGCUUCAUGCUGGAGAUGCCAUAGCCAUUCAAGAAAGGGUUCUAGAAACUAAAAACAUGACAUAUCCGUAAAGGUGUCAUGUGGCCAUGACUAUGUCUGUUCGUUGUUUUACGCCGCACUCAGCAAUAUUCCAGCUAUAUGGCGGCGGUCUGUAAAUAAUCGAGUCUGGAUCACACAAUCCAGUGAUCAACAGCAUGAGCAUCGAUCUACGCAACUGGGAUACGAUGACAAGUCAGCUAGCCUGACCACCUGAUCCCGUUAGUGGCCUCUCACGACAAGAUUGGGUUGCUGAAGUGAAAUUCUAACCUGUAUCUUCACGGGUGCAGGCCACGAGUAGGACCAGAUGACAAGUUUUCGAUUGUGUCUAAAAGCCCUGAACAGAUGUGUGAUGGACUAACAAACACAAUGAUACAUAUAUUAUAUGCUGUGAUGUUUUAAAAUAUUGUAAAUAUUCAAAGUUCCACAGGACGUGCACUAACCGUAUGUCAGAUGGUAUUCACUGACAAGUCACUUAACUUAUUCUUUAUUCUGCUUGCAAAUGCAACUUUUAAUGAGCAUGCAUGUCAAUAUUGUCCAAUCUGUUUUACUUACAUCAAGUUACUUGUGGUAGGAUAUGAACGAUGGUGAUUAAAGUAAUUGAAGCAUUCCAGCCUAAUGUUUCACAAUAAAACUGGACCUUUAUUGUGAAAUUGAAAACUGGUCAAAGUUAUAUACUUUAUGAGAUCAUAAAAGUAAAUUAUUUUAGAAAUGUUCCCAUGUAACUUGUAGCUUUUAAAAUGUCACUACCAAUUUAAAUAAGUGUCAAUUUAUAAAAGGCAAGAGACAAACGAGAGACAUGUACUUCGAGACAUUUGUGUGAAGUUUAAAAGGUUAUUCUGAAUAAAUUCAUCACCUCAAAUGCAAA